UGAGCGCAGCGUUCAUUCUUCUAUUGCUUAAUACGGAAAUUGAUCUGAGAACAUGAGUGACGAAAAAAGAGUUCACCCAGAUUGUGGGAAUGGUUCGAACCCUUAUCAUGAAUGCAGCGAAUAUUGCUUCAAUAUAAUAGCGGAAGUAAAGAAGCAAAUGAGCAAAGCUGAAACAGGUGUAUUGCAAGCUAAUACUGUUGAUGUUCAUCGCUCCGAUGUACCUGAUGAAAGAGAUGGUGUUGAAAGUCACAGCGAUGAUGGAGAGGAUAACAUGGGAGAAAAAUCGGCGAAUCUGAUCACAAGGAGGAAGAGGAAGUUAUUUGAAUUGAGGUUAAAAAUGAAUGGGGCAAGAAAAGCUAAUCAAUCUGCAAUGGUAGUAGAGAAGAAGAAAACAGAAGUUCUAGCUACAGAGUCUAGAGGAAUGUCCAAGUAUGGAAAGGCGCCAAAAUCAUCAGACGACAAGAUAGAGAGGAUGGUGAAGGAGCUCAAGGACAAGAAGCGCCAAUCAUUUAGUCGGAGGAGAAGGUUUCAUGAAGAGAAAGAUAUUGACUCUAUUAAUGAUCGUAACGAGCACUUCAAUAAAAAGAUUGAGCGUGCCUUUGGAAAAUACACCUUGGAGAUCAAGAAUAGCCUUGAGAGAGGAACUGCUUUGCCUGAUUGAG